CUUGCAUUACCUACCUAGAUACCCUUUGAUAUUCUAGAUUUUCCGAUAUCUGCUUUCCUAUCGGAUCGGCUUUGAUCGGAAAGACUGACUCUAACAUAUAUCGAUUUCCGUACCGAUUUCCGUUCAUGUGAGACAUGGAAGUUCGGUAUUACAUCUAUACAUUUGUAAGUGUAAAUUUAUGCAGCAUUAGCACCUCUCCCGUCUUGGACCGCUUGCAGAAUAAGCAAAAUUCCAUCUUGACUUCCAGCCGGUCUCGUUCGUAAAUGGUCCAACAUUGUCCCUCUCGCAGGAUGGCUUUUAGGAUGGCUUUUGGAAGAGUUUUAUUUCCAAGACAACCAAGAUGAUGACGAUGAUGAUGACCGAUAGGAUUACACGUACAACCACACUCAAAUAACCAAGUCAACCUCUUGCCUUUUAUAAUAUAGUCUAGUCUGUCUAGUCUACAGGUAAUCUUUAUAGUCUAGUUCAUCCCCCACUUUCACCUGCGGGACCCUGAAAAUCCCUCGAUUCUAUUUCUAAUCUUGAGGUAUUGUCUACUAUAGAGUCGAACAGUCCCCCCUAAUAUCGAAUAUCUAAUAUCCAAUAUCUCCUUACAUUCGUCCAUCACCAACUCAUACCCCUCGUUCUUCGCCUACGUAGCCUCAUUGUCCGUAUACUAUAUACAUUAUAAUAUAAAUCAUAACAUACAUAUUACUCUAGACAAGCAGAGAGAGAGAGAGAGAGAGAGACCGCACUUUCAUAAUGGGUUCCCUCCCCCCGGUCUCUAACCCGCCGCGCCGGCCCCUCCACGAUUCCAUCCCUCCUCUAGUCCUGGGCACCGCUACCUUCAACACGCAAUACGUUCCAAACCCCUACGAUCUACCAGCUAUCUCUAUUGUUUCGCGUGCGCUCGACCUCGGCGUCCGCGCUUUCGAUACGUCACCGUACUAUGGGCCAUCCGAGUUGAUAUUGGGUGAUGCACUAGCUCAUCCCUCCGUCGCCACGGCAUAUCCUCGCUCCUCUUACUUCCUCGUUACUAAAGCCGGCCGCAUCGCCUCUGACGUCUUCGACUAUAGCCCCGCCUGGGUCCGGUACUCGGUGCUGCGAAGUCUAGAGCGUCUGCACACCACUUAUCUGGACUUGGUUUAUAUGCAUGAUGUCGAGUUCGUCUCACCCCCUGAGGUGCUAGCCGCCGUGCGCGAGCUGCGUCGUUUACGCGCUGAGGGCAUCGUUCGCUACGUUGGCAUCAGCGGUUACCCCGUCGAGAAGCUGUGCGCCCUCGCUGAGAUGAUUCUCCUUGAGACGGGAGAGCCUCUCGAUGCUAUAUUGAGCUAUGGCCAUUAUACCAUACAGAAUACAACAUUGGGUACUUCCGCUAUGGCUCGGUUCGAGAGUGCGGGAGUCGACGUCGUCCUCAAUGCCAGCAUGCUUAAUAUGGGCCUGUUAACUACGAGAGGCGCAGCUACCGGACCCUUAGCCUCGUGGCAUCCGAGUCCGGAGGGAUUGAGAAAAGCAUGUCAGGAUUUGGUAUCUAUCGCGGCAGAUGCGGAUGAGAAAUUGGAGGUUGUCGCUAUCCGGUGGGCAUUGGACAACUGGUCAAGAAUCGGCGCAUCUAGAGGUAGCCAUACACGAAAGCUAUCGGCUGGGGACCGAGUCGGCGUAAGCGUCAUGGGCAUCUCGAGCAUCCCUGAACUAGAAGAAACAUGCCGUGUAUUCCAGAGCGUAGUAGAGGGUCUCGAGCCGGAGACUUCUGAUAUCGAACAGUUGAAACAAAGGCAAUGGAGCUUGGAUCGUCGUCAGAAGAUACAAGGGAUAGUAGAAAAGAUGUGGGCAGUCCUAGGCCAGUGGAAGGACUACAGCUGGACCAGUCCCGAGCCUGGGUUCGUCAAUGCGAGAAAGCCUGCUGAUAUCGGUGUUACGCCCAACGACGGGAUUCUUGUCAAGUAUGCCGCCAAAUCUAAUGUGAGUGUGAACAUUGAGGAGUUACCGUUAUCCGUUAUUUAGGAGGUAACCAUACAAAUAUACCUACCUCUUAUCAUAAUGCACGAAAAUCUUUCGACACGGAAAUCCGCGCGGGGUUAACAUGAUAUAACUCUAAUAGCGCUAUAAACACGCAUUAUAACACAAGUGAUGAUUGUAGUUCUACCCAAGUGCUUCCAUAUGUUGAACGCCUUAGGUACUAUUACACACAAUGCUACCUAGGUAAAGUUGACUACCAGGUAGUUACCUGCGUAGUGGUCAAAUGACUCCCAUUUACGACGAGUGAUUCUAUUCACUUCUUACAUCUAAGUUAGCUUUUCUAGGUCAGUAUAGCCAGAGUU